GGAUUGUGUGUGGUGGGUGUGUGUGGGAGAGGUGUUGCUUGCGGGGGAGAGCGGAGGUGCGAUACAAUGCAAUGCAAGCUAUGGAGCUAGACCACGUCCACGUACCUCCCCGCAACAACGCAACGCGACUUGCACACCAACAUCUAAAUAUCCAAACAUUGCAAAACAACCAACAACCACAACCAUGAUAAACGCAGUCCUAGUCUUCAACAACGCAGGCCAACCCCGCCUAACGAAAUUCUACACCCAACUAGAAACAUCCGUCCAACAACGUCUAAUCUCCGAAAUCUUCACCCUAGUCGCCAACCGCCCCCCCUCAGCCUGCAACUUCCUGCCCCUCCCGCCCCUCCUCGCCAGCACAUCAAAAUCCUCAACCCCCUCAACCCCCCACAACGACACCCCCAGCCUAGUAACCUACCGCCACUACGCAACCCUGUACUUCAUCGUAAUCAGCACGUCCACCGAGUCGCCGCUCGCGCUGCUCGAUCUCAUACAAGUCUAUGUGCAGGCCCUGGAUGGCUUGUUUGAGAAUGUGUGUGAGCUGGAUUUGAUUUUUAAUUUCGAGACGCUGCAUGCGGUGCUGGGGGAGAUGGUUGUGGGUGGGGUGGUCGUGGAGACGCAGCUUGAGAGGGUGGUGGAGGGGGUGAGGAGUCAGGGGCGGGUGGCGAAGAGGCCGGUUAAUGAGGGGAAGGGGAUGGGGUUUGGGGGGUUGGGGAGGGGGGAGGGGGGGGUCUGGGCGGGGCGGUGA